AUGCUCAGUUGCGUUGUUUUGACGUUUUUCUUUCUUCUCCACUACAAUACAUCGCUCCGAAACCGUUUAGAUAUCAAACAAAUCAAUAUUUCCUACAAUUUGGCUGCUAGAUUUCAAGCUGCUGAAAAUGCACGUUCUCUCAGACUUGCUAUAUUUGUAUUUGCUGUAAUCUGUUGUAUAUUUACUGGUGCCAUUUCGAUGUUGGGCUUUUGGGUGCUUCAUUUGAUUCCAGAAUAUUAUGAAGUGGCAAUUAUGACUGCAUUCGAAUGCCUUGUUUCAUUAAAUCCUCUUUUUAUCGUCCCGGCUGCAAUGUUUUCUGUACCAGAAUGGAAAAUAGCAUUCUACAAACACAUGCCAUUUGUCAAAAGACGUUAUCAUCGCCGUCGAAGACCAGAUAGUGAAAUUUUGGACCAUGAACUUCGAGUCAGUAUGGAAACUAAUUUAUAUUUUGUUCAGUUAGAAGAUUCCUGGAAAAACUCAAACUUAUAA